AUGGCCACAUCGGCUCAGCCGUCCGCUCCUCUUCCUCUGUCCACCAUCGCUGGACCUGCCGCCACACAGGCACAAACCUCCGACCAGCAGCAGCAGCAGCAAGGAAACAGCAGCAGCAAGAGCAGCAGUGCGCCCACCGUACCCCAGAAUAGGCUCUCGUCUACUGCCCCACGUCUUCUCCGCUUCACUUGGCAACGCCCCACCUCAUUCGUCCAUCCAACGCCCCAACUCUGUUUUCACUUCCUACCUUCGCCAACCCCGUCAUCCGUCGUGCUUCGCCCCACUUCGGCGCUUUCGCCUUGCUCGUGCAGUCCUGGGUCAUCCGCCUCGCUCGUCAAUCUUUCCAACUGGCCCACUUGA